AUGGGACGUGAGGAGCAUGGAGGGACUUGGCAUGGACGCAGCUCAACUGGAUACGCAAAGGAAGAAGGAGGAAGCCAUCUUGAAGACCAGCUCGACCACCUCGACCUCGACCGGCCAAGCUUCAACUCGAUCGAGCUGAGAAGUCAAAUAAGCUCGACCGAGAAAUCGAUCGGGCUAGGACGUGAACCUUCAAGCUCGAUCGAGCCAGGCACCGGAUGCAAAGAACAAGUCCAUGGAGACUGGUCUGAACUCAAGGCACCUAAGGUCGACCUCAAACCUUUGCCCAAGGGCCUCAGGUAUGCGUUUCUGGGUGAGAACUCGACCUACCCUGUCAUUGUUAACUCUGAGUUGAAAUCUGAUCAAUUGGAUGCAUUGCUUGUUGAGUUGAGAAAGUACAGGAAAGCCAUUGGGUAUACUCUUGAUGCUAUCAAUGGUAUCUCUCCUAAUUUAUCCAUUCAUAGGAUCCAUUUGGAAGAUGAAACCAAGUCUAGCAUUGAACCUCAAAGGAGAUUGAACCCAAAUCUUAAGGAAGUGGUGAAGAAAGAGAUACUCAAGUUGUUUGAUGCUGGAAUAAUCUAUCCCAUCAGUGAUAGCACUUGGAUAUCUCCAGUUCACUGA